GUAAUAAAGGCGGUGCUGACUCAUCACAAAAAGACGAUAACUUUAUAGAGAAUCAAGAAAUAGCAAGAGGGUUAUGAGAAGAUCUCAAGGCCACAUAGAAAUUUGUGGCUCACAAUCCCUUUUCCUCUCUGACGUGUCUUUCUUUCCCUGCCCACCUGUUUCUUCUUCUUUAACUCCAUAUAAUUCCCUCAGAUCUCCUUGACACAAAACCCAAAUCAUCGGAUUAUUAUACUCUUUGCUUUUUCGCCCUUUUGCUGUGAUUCUGAUUUCUCAGUUUUCAGCAACUGUAAUGCCGGAACCGACCAAGGACCCGACGAUAAAGCUGUUCGGGAUGACUAUCCAGUUCCCGGAUGCUCCGCCGCCGCCGCCGCCGACGGAGAUGGAUGUCGACCCCGGCGGAGCAGCUUCAGAAGCCAAUUCCUUGGCUAAAGAUAGUUCUUGUUCAGAAGCUGAGCCCGGAGAGGAUGAACAACAGCAAAAGAAUGAAAAUGGAGAGAGGAUGGAUGAAAGUAAAGAGGAUGAAGGAACAGUGUUAAUGGAAGGGGAAGGGAUAAUGGAUCAGACUGUAGAUGAAAUUAGGGAUGGCUUAAAAGCACCACAUGUUGAUGAAGAUUGUGGAUCAACUGAAAUUUCAACAACUGAUGAAGAAGAGGGGAAAAUGAGUAAUGGGAAAGAUAAGACUCUGAAAAAACCAGACAAGAUACUUCCAUGUCCUAGAUGUGACAGUAUGGACACCAAGUUCUGUUAUUUCAACAACUACAACACGAACCAGCCUCGCCAUUUCUGCAAGAAAUGCCAGAGAUAUUGGACGUCGGGUGGGAUGACGAGGAACUUGCCUGUUGGUGCUGGCCGAAGAAAAACCAAGAACUCGGCUGCUCAUUAUCAUUUGAAUGCUGUGAAGUCGUUUCAGAAUGCUUGUGUAGAUCAUCCCGAGAGAAUCCAACACCAUGCUCUUAAGGCCAAUGGCAAGGUUCUUACGUUGGCCUCUGAUUCCGUGGCCUCAGAAUUGAACAUUGCAGAGAAAACUGCAGGGAAUGGCUCGCUAAAUGGGUUUUACAAGCCAGUAGAGUUAGGAAUCCAGGUUUCAUAUGGAGCUGGGGAUAAUGGAGCUGACCAUUCAAGUGGUUCCUCAUCAGUCACUGCUGCAAGUACAAAGGAUGAUGUUUGCAAAAAUGGGUUGCCAGACAUGCUGAAACAGAACUACCAUGGCUUCGCUCCUCAGUUACCGUGCUUUCAAGCUCCUCCUUGGCCAUAUCCAUCCAGUGCUGUUCAGUGGAGCUCUGCAGUUCCUCCACCCGGUUGCUUUUCUCCUGGCUUUCCCAUGCCAUUUUACCCCCCGGCAAUGUAUUUGGGUUAUACCAUUCCAUGCUCUUGGAAUGCCCCUUGGGUGAGCAGACCUGUUGCGCCCCAACACCACACGUCUUCUGGCCCUAAUUCUCCAACCUUAGGGAAGCACUCAAGGGAUGACAACAACAAGGAAGGGGAGCCACAGCCACCCAAAGAUAGUAAUCCAGAGAAGUGUCUGUGGGUUCCUAAAACUUUGCGGUUUGAUGAUCCAGAAGAUGCUGCAAAGAGUUCCAUAUGGGCAACGCUGGGAAUACAACACGAUAGAGUUGAUUCGAUUAGGGGUGGCGCUUUUAAGGCCUUCAAGAUGAAGGAUGACGAGAACAGUCAUGCUUCAAAGAACUGUAGAGUAUUAUUAGAAGCCAAUCCAGCUGCAUUAUCCAGGUCAUUGAACUUCCAUGAGAGCUCAUAAGCAGGGAACCUCGACUUAGCAAUAUGCUAAUUGCAGUGGCAAUUCCUCGUGGCUGAUCAUUCUUGCAAGAGAAUUCUAAUCAGCGAGCAAUCUUGGGUUAUGACUUUACGAUCAUAUAAAGUUUUCUCAAUGAUCAGACAACUAGAUGCGGAUUUCCAACUUUUUGUUCUGAGAAAGGAGAGGUUCUGUUCCAUAGGUAGGCGGUUUGCUAGGUUCUUGCUCUUCUAGCACAUGUAUAUAUUCGUAUUUGAGAUCCCGAGAGCUAUGGCUCAUAGUAAAAACAUGUUUAUUCCAAGACUACAUCUGGCUAAAUUAUUUAGGGGAUAUAAUCAAAAAGGUUUCACUGCAUGGUCUCUUGCAACAUAUUCAUUUGCCAUAUAUACUCCCAGAUGAGCAGAGGAUUGGCUUGUUGGCAGCAACUGGAGGAUGCCCGAGGUUGCAGGAGCCACAAUGAAGGUUUUAUCACGGUAAAAUGGUUCAAUUUGACUUCUAUUUAUCUAGGAAAAAACAUUAUUUUUUAGAUACAAGAAACAUUGAUCGAACAAAUUUGAACUAAAAACAGGUAUCACCGGCAAUGUAUAGUAGCUUAAGAUGCACCUUUCAUAGAGACAUGUUUGAUAUCAAGCUAAACAUUGUGAUUUUGUUACUCAACACAUCAGAAAAGUUUUGCCUUAGUAUGAAAUUAAUGCCUGCUUUAUUAGCUUCUUCUGGCGUAACAUGGAACCUACUUUGAGCUUUGAGUAUGGAUCAGAAAACUUAUUUUAUAAACCCGUAGGAGUAAUAUAACUAAACAUACACACGAAGAGGCAAUAUUGUAUGUAACAUUGGGAUUGGAAACUAAAAGUCAACAGUUUCAUAAAUAGUUGUUGCUUUUCUUGCUAAAAAAAUAUGAUAUUUGAGUGUGUCUGUAAGCUGUCCAGCCUGUUGUUAGAUAUUUUAGCUGUUUAAUAAGCACUUCCACCUCUGUCUUUCCUAAUAUUCUGAUGGGGCAGAUAGAAAGGUUACAGACUUACAGUGUAAUCUCAGUUUGAUUAAAGAAAUCCCCAUCAACCGGCCAAAUUUAAUCCCGGAUUUUUUUAAUGUGUAAAUUAUUGGAAGAAAGAACCCUGAUCUGAUUUGUUAUAGACAUGCAUUAGUUCUUGGGAAAGCACACCAGAAACCACAACUCUGUGGUCUGUACUUCCCAGAAGUUUACAAAAGCCAAGUAAAGUAACCUCUCGCCCACUUCCAAGAAUUCCAAGAAAAUCAUUCAUGGGGAGACCCUUUAUGCUUUGGGUUCUUUUCGUGGCAGCUUUUCUUAUGAUCUCUUUCUCUCCUGGUAAUUCUCUUCUUCGUCUUCUUCCAUUUUUCGAUUUUGACAGUAAUUGCAGUUUGCUUAUUAAGGAACAGAUCUUAGUAUAUUAUACCUCUGUUUACCAUUUGCGUUAGGAUUUGGAAGGAAGCUGAUGGGGCCAUUGCACCAUGCAAACUCUGCUGCUGUUUCAUUUCAGGAGAAAUGGGUAGUAGUUUAUCAGAGAGAUUAUGAGCAAACUGGGCCGAACGUCCACUCCCAACCUGCUCUUCUUUCUCCUCCUCCUCCUCCUUCGUCUCCUCCUUUGGCAUCACCGCCAUCACUGCAAUACUAAACCAUUCCCAAGACUCGUAUAGUCGUACCUUGUUGUCUGAUAAAGAGUUACUGUUUUGUUUCUGGUCUGUAAUUUGCAGUCUGCAACUGAAUAGACAGACAUGUUUAUGUUAAGUGUGAAGGAUGAGAUGGUGAACAUGUUCCAGAUCUGUAAGGUCAAGAAUUACUUGCCUACAUUUUGAUGUCUUGUAAAGAAUAAAACUUUCAGUUGUUGUACCCAAAUGAACCAAGCCCACAAGGCCCAACAAUAAAUCUUUCUUAUUUCAUGUA